AUGCCCUUUUCAAAGGCCUUGGCCAACUUGGAAUUUCUUGCGCAAAAUGCAAACCAAAACAGCUUCAAGAACGAACACGAGCGUCGAAAGGCAGUUCAACUGGUCCAGAAACUUCUCGCCAACAUUGAAACCCCCUGGGAGACGGCGUCCAGGUUGUUGUUGAUCGAUCCCUUCGCCAUCGCAGCGUUGAGGACACUGGUGAAUCUGCAACUGUUCUCCAAAUGGAUUCCAGCAGACAGUCACAAGAGCUUAGCUGAGCUUGCACAAUUGACUAGCUGUGACUCCCGACUACUUUAUCGUCUUCUCCUCACCAUGGUGCCUCACCACUGGCUCCAUUACUCUGCACAAGACCAGACGUUCUCGCUCAGCACUUUUACAAAGGCGCUUUGCGACCCAUCUCUCGCGGCCACGUUGACUUUUCAUGCCCACGUCGUCUCACCAGCUGCCCGAGAAUUUCCAAACUUCCUCGCUGCAACACACUACGCGAACCCGAUGGAGCCACAGCUCGCACUGUGGCGAUAUACUGCUGGAUCGGAGCUGGUACCGUGGUUUCAAAAGAACUCGGAAGCCUUCAUCAGCUUACACCAUGUGAUGCGACUGCGAGGUAACCACAGCGAAAAGUGGACCGAGUUCUAUCCCUGGGAGCGGGAAAUCGUGAACCGCCUCGAACCAGGUGGAAGGGUCGCUUUCGUCGACAUCGGAGGUGGUGUGGGACAAGACUCGGAAGCACUGAGGCUCAAAGCCCCUGAAAGCUUCCCAGCAGGAUCCAUUAUCCUUCAAGAUCUGAACGAAGUCAUGGAUCGCGCAGAAGCAGCGGGCGAGUCCAUUGUGAGAGCCAGUCACGAUUUCUUCCAACCGCAGCCCGUCAUCGGUGCAGCCGUGUAUUUCAUGCAUCUCGUACUGCACGACUGGCCUGACGACAAAGCCGGCCAAAUUCUCGACAACCUCAGACCGGCCAUGAAGCGCGGAUACAGUCGUCUUCUGAUCAAUGACAUCGUCUUGACAGCAUCCAUGGACGCCAUGGUUUCGGCUUCGGACCUCCAUAUGACCAUGAAUGGCGCGCAAGAGAGAACCAGAGAAGAGUGGGAGUCGCUGCUCGAGAAAUCGGGCUUCACCGUUCGCAACUUCUACUUCUCGCCACUUUCUGAACAGGCGUUGAUUGAAGCAGAGCUUACCGAAGAACCUGUCGCUCCGCCGUCCAGGCUAUGA